UUUGCCGCGAGCUCGAAAAACUUCCCAAUUCUCAACAAUUUUCAGCGGGGUCACAUUGUUUCCGUGUCGGCUGUGGAAGACACGGAGUGCAACAUCUGGAGUGACAGUUGUCCAAAACUAUUCCCCACAGAGGAAUUUUCAUCGGCGUUAACGCGAUACACCAAAGUAACCACUCACACAAUGAAGUCAAACCACUGAAGUCAUUUGCAGUCCGUCUUGGCAUAUGUCAAAUAAGCCUAAAUGGCCUCUAUGGAGAGGAAACAUGAUAUUUGCAGCCCCUUCAUUUCACGGCGCAACGCUUUGAGGAAAACAAGUGCAGAAAUUGUCAGUGAAGCCAGACAAUCUCUGAGAGUUCAAUCCACCCAGCGACCUUUUACUCCCAGAGAUGGACACAGGCAACUUUUUGGAAAGAGCUCUGUUCGUGCAGAUCAUGACAACAGACCUCCAUCAACAUUUAGUCUUCAUGCUCAAAAUUUUGAUGCUCCUGAUUCAAGGCCAGGUUCAGGGACUCGCCUCUCUCCAUUGGACCACAAGCCAAAGUUUCCAGUCCCCUGUGAUGCUGAGGAAGCACUGAAAGCCUUUCCCCAACCCCCCGCUGACCCACUGGAAAUGAAGAGGGAGCUGGCAGGGGCACGGGCACGCCUCCUCAGGGCUGGAUCUCUCACCACAUUGCCUCCUGUAGAGGGACACACAGAUGUGACAGAGAGAUUAAACCCGGGCCCAGGACAAAAGCAGCCGUCAGCUAAACGACUCCCCGUUACAGACCACACUAAGGUCCACAGUGGUUCUCUCAAACUUGGCCCACACAGAACACCGUGUGAAAGUAGAAUAAUGCAGCCUGGUGUUGACUCAGGAGUUAGACUCACAGACUGCACAAAAGGACAGAGAACAGGCAGCUCUGAGGGCUCGGUGGACCGUCUGUGUGAUUUGUGUGACCAUCUCCAUGGCACCUUGGCAGAAGCGGACAUGCUCGGCCGGCGCUGUAAGAGGAGGUCAGGGAUUCUUCGAACACUGUUCCGCCUCAUCGACCUCAACUCUGCCCAGCUCAACCUGCACAUCGCCAAGCUCUGCCUUGCUCUGUGUGUCAGUGGAAACAACCUGCUCAACAUCUGUAAGCUCAUCUUCCAGAUCAGCCGCAGUGAAAGCAAUGACAUCCUCUUCCAGAACAACUCUAUUAUAGACUCAUUGCUGGGUGUACUGAGCAAUGAGGAUGUGUCUACAUCUGGAGAAGCGCUCUUGUACUGCGUUGGCACUCUGAAAUUUCUCUCAGGAAAUGGUGCAAUCCUCAGACUCCUGCUGGACAAGAACUGUAUUGGUGUGGCUCAGAAACUCAUCCAGAGGCUUAACGCAGUGGAAAAGACCCACUUCACUAUAGCAGGGCACAUCCUUGUACAGCUGACAGCGACCCUGAGGAACCUUGCCGAUCACCCUGAUUCCCGUCCACUCUUUGUAUCCUUCUCUGUACAGUCAGAGCUUUGUCUGGUGCUGUGUCAUCACCGCAGAGACCAGGACAUCUGCACCAACAUUUCCAGAAUAUACAGUAAACUCUCUUCUUACUCGGAGUGCCGCCUCGCCCUGGCCCAGAUUCCCGACUGCUACCGACUAUUUUUAGAACUGCUGAGCAAACAUCACCAAAAACAGGACCUUGUCGUGCGCCUCCUUUUCACCCUCGGGAACCUCACAGCCAAAAGUGACGAGGCUCGGCGGCAGCUCUUCCAAUGCGAGGGCUGCAUGGACACGCUCCUCCAACUGUACAACAGCUACCAGCGAAGAGACGCGUUACCACACACACCCUCACACACAGGUGCCCCUUCCCCCAGCAAACCUCCGGCUCCUCCCAUGAGCGCACAGGAGGAAGACGACGUGCUGGUGAAGCUGGUCAGGGUGCUGGCGAACAUGUCCAUCCAGCCCGCCGUAGGUCCGGCGGUGGCAACCAACACAACCUGCAUUCAGCUUCUAAUGGAGACAGUAGAGUUGAGGUCUGUGCAGGAGAGCGAAGAGCUGCUGGUGAAUGUGGCUGCCACCAUCAACAACCUGUCCUUCUACCAGGAAGAAAGCUCUGCAAUCAGACACAGUCAACUCACCAUCGCAAAGUUAAUGUUGAAGUUGGUGCUCAGCUCCAGUAUGGACGCCAUGCUUGAGGCCACCCGUGUAUAUGGAAACUUGUCACGGUCCAAGGAUGUGCGGAACUUUAUUAUGCAGAACAAAGUGCACCAGUUUGUGGUGACGCUGCUCGACUCAAAAAGCACUGAGAUGUGUUUUUCAGCCUGCGGGGUCCUCACCAACCUGGCUCUGGACCCCCCGAACUGGGUCAGUCUCUCACUAGAGGGGGCUGCUGCCAAGCUGGUGGACUGUCUGAGGGACUUCGGACCAGGUGAUUGGCAGCUGGCGGGGCAGGUUUGUCAGGCGUUGUGGAACCUGAUCGGCGGUGGUACAGAGAAGCUGCUGGACACAACGGAGAGAGAGUCCCUGCUAGAGACCCUCAUCACAUACUUAGAUGAAGACGUGGCUCUGAAGUGGAUACAAAAUGAAGAUAUGAAGGAUUUUCACAGGGCAUGCUGGGAGUUGGAGUUCCUACCUGUAGCUCAAAAACUGAUGAAGAUGCUCCAGCCUCCAGACCUGACAGUCUGACACACUGGGAUAUGGAGUUCAGAGUCAUGUUGCCAUAGAAGUAAAUCCUUUAUCCUCUAUCGAAACUGUAGAGGAUGAAGCAUUUGCUCCAUCUUACAAGUAUCAAACACAAUGGCUGGGAAGGUUAGUAGUUGCUGGCAGAGAUGGUCAGUUUGAAUUGUGAAUUCCAAACACUUUAAAAACACUUUAUCAAAACACCUUUAAACAUCUCAGACUGCUGCCGCAGCAUAGUUCACUUGUCCCCUGUCCAACCAUAGGCUCAAGUAUGUUCCCAAUGGUUGUCUUUUUUAUAAAAUUAUGGCUAAUUACUCCUAAUUCAAGCUGGCUAUUGAUGCUGUUUUUGAAAGAUGAACGAUGAGGCUACCAGCUUUUUACAGCCAGUGUUUCAUACUCAAAGCAAGAUAUUUUUGGUUGAAAAGCUUUAAUGGAUAAUCAAGGUAAUUAUGCAAAAUAUAAGAAGCAGACUGAAUCUGCAUGAAAUGGGAUAAAAAUACAUGUGCUUGUGAAAUUUACUAGAUUCUUUCUCAAUUCUUGUCUAUAGACAAAUACUUGCACUUCCAUCCGUAUAUAAUUUUUAUUUAUUUUCUUAACAUUCAGUCACUCCCUGUCUUAUCAAUACCAGCAGCCUUUUGUUUUUAAUUUUGUUAACAUUUUUAACCUUUUAUGCACUUUAACUUUCACUCCCAUAAAGCUCGCUGAAGCCUUUAUUUCUUCACAUGUACAGGGAGAAUUGAAUACAAGUUCUUUGCACAUUUAUAUAACAGAUUCUAUCUGUUUUGUAUGUACACUGUGUUGUUAAAAUUGUUUUGUGAUAAUGUUUUGAAAACAGAUGACUAACCUGGAAUUUACCUCAUGAGCAAAACUUUUUUUUCUUUUAUGGUCUGUGGAUUGUUCUGGUGCUGGAAAGUGUUCAUAAUAAAGCAGAAGAAAGCAGGAAACGUUUUGCUUCUCAAAGCCUUUAUUAUUACACAGAUAUGGGGCCAGGCAGUGCUUACAAGUUACACCAAGUAGCCUAAAGUAC